AUGACGACUACUGAUCCUCGAAUUGAAACUGGGGAGUUAUUAACCAUAGAAGCUGCAUGUCCUUCAAAGGAAUCCAAACAAUCAAAGAAGAAUUCUGGUGUUUUUCGAAGACUUAAGAAUAAGUAUAGUGGUUCACAAAGAUCUCCAUCUUUAAGUGUGGUUCGAAAACCUCAUCUUAAUUAUCAAGGCGUUCUUAUACGUGAAGUUCCAGCUCCUAUUUCUCCUUCAUCUAAGAAACAAAGAGCUGAAGACAUGGCCAAGAGGAUUUCUAAGAAGAUGAAAAAGAUAGAGAAAAAUGAGUUGGUUAUUCCAAUUCCAUCUUCUGGAGACGAAGAAGUGUUUGAAACUCCCGAAGUUAUUCCUAUCAUCGAACCUUCAUCUCCUGAGAAGACUAUAGUCAUACCACCCGGAGAUUCCUCUGCCAAAUCAUUACAUGAGAAGCUACGAAUGUCAAACAUCACUACAAACGUAUCUGAUAUGGAUGUAAUUGUCAACAUGGGUGAAGGAUAUUUGCAUCAAGAAGCACCAAAAUCUUCCCAAGGUAUUCCGGUUGUUCUUCCUAUCAAAACUGUUUCUAGUGCUUUUGUUUCUUUACCUCUUUAUAUGAUACCUACCACUUCAACCACUGAGUCACCUACUUUUAAAAAAAUUAUCAAUCAAGCUUUCACAUCUAUUUUCUCAUCCCAAUCCACUGAUCCACCAAAACCCAUGGAAGAAUCUGAAAAUGAAGAAGGAGAUUUUGGAGGAAGUUUUGAAGCCCUACAAUUUGAUGAUGAUGACGAAGACUUUCCUUACCAUAUGCUUAUGUCCAUGAAGCAGUUUAAAACUCUGAAUAAGAAGAUGAAUUCCAUUAUUCUGACUCAAGCAGAUAUUGGGGGGAGGUAG